AUUGUGUUCAAGUCUCCAUGGCAGUCGACAUUUGAUGUGUUUAUUUAUUACUCUGUGCAGAUAAUUCGUCAUAUCCCCCAAUAUUCUUAUUUUUUCGGCUAAAUUAUUGAAAGAGGAUGCAUUUGAUGUUUGUUUAUGGUUAAAAGUGUCUUCUUCGUGUGAUAACUCGGUGUUGAAAGAAGAAAAGUCGUUCCUUAAACAUUCGACUCAUUAAGUGCAGCCGCCAUUAUGAGCGAACAACUGAAGUACAUUGUAGAUGAGCUGAACAAGGAACCUUUCAAGAAGAACUAUAACCUCAUAAGCUUUGAUUCUCUGCAGCCACUACAAUUGCUUCAAGUACUGAAUGAUGUUUUUGCAGAAAUUAAUCCUCAGCACAAAAUUGAUCUUCGGGAUGAAGAGCCAGAACAAAUGACGAAAAGGAUGUUCACAUUUUUGAGAAUCCUGAAGUUCAAGCCAAAAACAGAUUCUGGAAGCCUGAAUGCCUUUCGUAAUGGGCUCAUUCAAGGUGACAAGUUGGUUGUUUACCCUAUUCUUCAAUGGCUCUUCGAAAAUCUGGCAGAAUUGAAGACCAGAGCUUAUCUUUCAAGAUAUCUGGUGAAGCUAGAUAUUCCUCCAGACCAACUGGCGGAUCAAGAGUUAAAUGAACUAAAUGAGAAUUAUUUAGAACUGAUGGAACAGUUCAAAGAGCUCCACAAGACAGUUGAUCAACUUAGGACGUCUGGUCUUUCAACUGGGGAGAUGAAAAAGGACAUUAUGAACAUGGAAGAUGAAAAAGAACAACUUCAGAAGAGAAUUGACCGAAUGCAAAAAAAGGUGGGGAAUGUGCGGAACUAUGACAAAAUGUUACUAGCUGCACGGAAUUUGCGAGUUGAGAGAGAAAAGGAACACUCACUUGGUCAACAAAAGUUGGAGCAGAAAAACCAGUAUCUGCACUCAGACCAACGUUAUCAGCGAAUGCUGCAACAGUUAAAAGACAUGAGGACCCAAGGUGUUGGCACAACUGGAGCAGAUCUGAUUAAGAGACUAGAAGAAGAGAACAAAGUGAAUGUUUAUCUCUGCCAAGAAAAACUGCCAAAGGAACUGGAAGGAAAGAAGAAAUAUGCACAGGAUCUUCAGAAAGUGGCAGAUGAACCAGCCAUGGGUCAGUCAGAUUUGGAUGACCUCAACAAAAGGAUCAAACAACUCUCAGCAGAAAUCAACUCACUAAUUGAGAAGAGAAUGGUGCGGAAUGAUCCUAUUGAUGACAAGUUGUCUCUCUUCAGGCAGCAAGCUUCAAUCAUUGGACGAAAGAAGGAGGCUGUUGCUGAAAAGCUCCAAGAAGCCAUGGAUGAGCUGAGUAAUGCAGAAAGUGAUUUGCAGAAGAAGAAAGAAUUAUUGAAAGAAAGUGAAGGAUCAGAAGUGCUUAAAGGAGAUGAGUUCAAAAGAUAUGUGAACAAGCUGAGGGGUAAAAGCACAGUCUAUAAAAAGAAAAGACAAGAGUUGGCAGAACUUCGUGCAGAGUAUGGGGUGUUGGCCAGGACCGAAGAAAUACUGAAAGGGAAAGAUGAGUCAUUUCAACAUCAACUGUCUAAUUUAGAGACCAAGGAGGGUGUGACAGGUUUCCAUGAGACUCAAGAGGAAUUAGAAAAAGUUUCCGCCAAGAAAAGUGAACUGGAUGAACAGAAAGGAAAAACACUGGAGGACAUAUCUGAACUGGUUCGACAGUUAAAUGCCACAAUUGCAGACAAGAAGAGUGCUCUGGCUCCAGUUAUUAAAGAAUUGAGACCCAUGAGGCAGAAAUGUCAGGAAAUGACCGGCGAAUACGAAGAGAAGAAGGCAGCUUAUGAGAAUUUAGCAGCAGGACUGGAAAGCAACCUGUCUAAACUUGAGCAUGAAGUGAGAGCCCUACGCGAGGAACUGACUCAUGAGGAAGGACGAUAUCAUUAUUUACAUUGCAUGCUGAAGGUGCUUGACGUACAACAGAAGCGAAUUGAUGACGAACUUAAGGCUUACCGUUCAGCGGAUACUGCUGAUCGCAAGAAAUCUUUCAGGGAGCAGUUCACUAAGAAGAUUCAGGAGCAAGAAAACUUGGGAAAGAGUCUUCGUGAUAAACAGAAGUCUGUCCGAGAGAGCCAGGGACCGAAUAUGAAACAGAUGAAGAUGUGGAGUGACCUUGCAAAGCUAUUGGAGUGCAAGCGAAAUUGUAUGUUAAAAGAACAGCAGGAAAAUCAGAGUGGCGGCGUAAACCAGCAGGGCCUGGAUGGAGAAAACGUGUUAGUUCUUUAAAAGGCAAAGAAGUUUGGCCGCUCCUCGCUUUUCCUCACAGGAAGAAAAACUUCGUUUAUUGUUUUCUUUAACACCAUUUCUCUUUCCAGAAGUCAACCUGUAAAUUUGAGAUUGUAAACUUAUCCGUCAUUUCACAUGUGUUGGGGAUGGGGGGGGGAAGGGGGGGUAUUAGACAAAGUUUUGGUCGGAUCUGCCCCGCCUGAGUUCCGCUGCUCUUUUAUCCUCAAAUUACCUUCGGGAUUUAUACACUAUAGAGGAACAACACCACUUCUCUUUAGAAUCCUUAUACAUGUGGUACAUGCGGUACUAAUUUAUAACAGAAAAGAAAAGCAAAGUUUUAGUUGUUAAAUCAUGACUUUUCUCUUGAACAACCUGCACAAGUACUUCCUCCAUCUUCUGGUAGACCCUUCAAACUUCCGAACACUGCAUUGUGAUAUACCAAAUCUUUGUCUUGUGUUACGUGUAGAAAGUUACCCCUUUCAGGCGGGACAUUCUGUAUGGUCCAUCACUUAAAGAAAAAAAUCGAUUCCCUUCCCACAUAGCAAGUAUAUGAAGUCGCAUAGCAUACCGUAUUUCCUCGAAUAAGCGCCCACAGUCUAAUAAGCGCUCACUCCUUAAGCUGUAAUUUCAAACAAGUGCCCCACCCCCUCGAAUAAGCGCUGUCUCCUCCACUUCUUAAAUUGUCGGGACACAAAGAGAGCCUGUUGCUAUUGCUACUUUAUUUAUAACUAUUUCAGCCUCAACUAUGAGGGAACCAGUACUGAGGAAUAAUAACCGCCCCCUUCGAUUAAGUGCCCUCCAUGCAAAAAGUGCCCCAAUUUUAAAUAAGUGGCAGGGCGCUUUUUUGAGUAAAAACGGUAUACAUGAAGUUAUUUAACGAUGUAGAAAAAUAAAACAACAUUCACCAAAAUGGAGUCCAGUUAUCUAGCAAUUUGUAAAUAUGUUUGCUUUCCUUUUCCAAUUUGUAGGCCAGUCAGGAAUGUUUCAUGUUAAUAUAAUACGGUGAAAUUACUUGUCACUGAAAACAUGGAGAUAGAGUUGUAU